AUGAAGAAAACAUCAGAUAAUAAAAACAUUUUUAAAAGGGAUUCUGAUACUUCGAAGAUAAAAAUCCUUAUAAAAAAUAUUUCACCUUUAUUUUAUAUAAGUGAAUUUUUUUAUAUAUUAUUUUUACGAUACAAUGAUUACAUAUUAAGUACAACUUAUAAAGAAAAAACAAAUGAAGAAAUUAGGAAAAAUAUAUAUAACAUUUUAAUACUUUUGUAUUUUUUAAAACCUUUUAUGGCAUUUUUAACGGAUAAUGUACAUUUUAAUUUAAAUAAUAUACUUGUUUUUUUGUCAAAAAAAAUAUUCCAGUUUUACAACUUUCUUCACCAAUUGAUGUUUUCUUGUAGCAAUGCAAUAUAUAAAGUAAAAUAUUAUUUUUUUAAAAUAUUUUUCAGAAAAUACUUAAAAGAUGGAUUAUCAGGGUCACGAUAUUUAAAAAAAUCUGCAUUAGUUAAAAAACAGUUUAUUGAAACCUUUUUAUAUUUGCCUUUAAACAGAAAAUAUUAUGUUAUUAUGAGUGAAUUCCUUACAAGUUUACUAUUAGUAAUUAUUUAUCUUUUAAAUGAGAGGAUAAAUUAUUAUUUUUAUCUUAUUACAGUUUUUUUAAUUUCAAGUCAGAUGUUAUUAACUUCGUGUGUUUUUGAAGGUGUAAUUGUUGAGAAGUGCAAAAAACAAAUGCAUUUUGAAAACAUCUUUUAUAUAUCCUAUGUGAUGUGCGUAAAAAUAUUUUCCUCUCUUAUUUUAUAUUAUAUUUAUAUUGUGAAAGUAAGUAUUUUUAUUUUAAUAAUAAAAAGUUUUAUUGUAUUUCUCAUUUCAUAUUUAUCAAGUGAAGAACUUUUAUUAACAAAUAAUUUAAAAAUACAACAUAAUAUAGCUUUAAAAUGUGAAAAUGGAAAUAUGGAUAUUAAAAACACUACAAAUAUGCUAUCUCAACUUUUUAUUCUAAAAAAAAUAUUGUUUAAUGAAAAUUUACUCAAAACGCUAUUUUUAUUAAUGUUAUUUAAUUCUUCUAUUGAUACAAAAUUUUCAAUAUUACAAUAUGGUGUGCAGAAUUAUAAUUGGCCACAUUCUUUAGUGAAUUAUAUUCCUUUAGCAUCACAAUCAUCGAAAUUGAUAGGAAUAUCUGUAUUUCAAUUAUAUACCAACAAAAAAUCUUAUAAAAAUUAUGCUAUGAUAAUAAUAUUAUUUAAUUUAUUAUUUAAAAUAUUUAAUUUUACUUUUUUAUAUUAUAAUAAGAAUGCUUAUGUAAGCCCAUUUUUAUUUUUACUUAACAUAAUAGUUCAAAAUAUUUCAAUAAAAAUUUUAGCAUUGCCAAUAUUAUUUUUAUGUAUAGAGAAAGCACCUUUGAAUUUAGAAUCAACAAUUAUAAAUAUUUAUAUCUUUUGUUUUAAUUUAUCAAAUUUAAUUAGCAAAAGAUAUUUUAUUUGGAAUAUAAUAUUACAAGUGUCAAAAAAUGUUUUUACAAUUUUAUUACUUUCCUUUUUAACUACAUGUGCUAGUUUAUUUUAUUAUUUUAAUAUUUCUUUAGAUUCUUUAAGUAAUAUUAAUUCUUCAUCAUAUAUAGAUGAAAAAGAAGACGUAAAUUUGAAAUUAAGCAGAUUGCAGAAAACAAAUUAUUUCAAGAGCAGUUUUUUUAAUAAGAAUGAAAAAAAAAACUCUGCUAAGAAAAGUGUUCGUUUUAAAGAGGACAUACAAACUAUAAAAUGUAAAGAUGAAGAGAAUAAAAAUAAAACAAAUUUAUUUAAACUUUCAUCUGAUUAUAAUUCGGAUAGUGAUCAGUGGUUGAUAGUUGAUAAUUUAAAAGGUAAUACAAGGAGAAAGUAUAGAGAACAUAAUUCAAUAAAUUUUUCAAACAUGAUGUUGUAA